CUGGCAUUUACGCUUCCGCGACCAUAACCUCCCAACGAACGACGCGCCAAAUCCCGCUGCGCCGUUCGCCCACUGUCCAUAAUACACACACGCACGCAUACAACCGAAAAAGGACACAUCAAUCCUCCAUAAUAGGGAAUUCGGCAAAAGGGACGAGCCAACCUCACGACAUCCACCGCGGAUCUUACAACGUUCGCUCUACUACAUACACGCAAACCCGCAACUAUGUUCGGUGUCGCAGGCAUGCAACCGCGGCAACUCGCCGCACAGGUGCUCAACUUUGCGCUCGUGCUCUCUACCGCGUUCAUGAUGUGGAAAGGCCUCUCUGUCGUCGCCGACUCUCCAUCACCGAUUGUCGUUGUACUGUCUGGAUCCAUGGAGCCCGCAUUCCAGCGAGGCGACCUGCUGUUCCUAUGGAAUAGAGGCUUAGAUACCCAGAUUGGGGAGAUUGUCGUGUACAAUGUCAAGGGCAAGGAUAUCCCGAUUGUGCAUAGGGUGGUUAGGAGAUAUGGUGGAGGUAAAACUCCUCUCCGACUCCUCACAAAAGGUGACAAUAACCUUGCAGACGAUACGGAGCUGUAUGCUCGCGGACAGUCUUUCCUUAACCGCAAGGAGGAUGUGAUUGGAAGUGUCGUUGGCUUCAUACCGUUUGUGGGAUACGUUACCAUUCUGCUGAGCGAGCACCCAUGGCUUAAGCAAGUCAUGCUGGGAAUCAUGGGUGUUAUGGUGGUGUUGCAGAGGGAGUAGCGUGUGUAUGAUUGGGAAAGAAAAAUAGUGUGUAUCGAGGUUCGUUAUAGAAUUUGGGUUAUAUCAUAUUCGUGCUUAUCGUAUCCGGUGGUGAAGAUGUUUGCUAUGACUUGAACUUUUACUGCAUAUCUUUGCAGUUCUAUGCUUUGAAAUGAAUAAUCCAGAUAUCCACAUCAUGCACCGAAAUCGUGUAGUUGAAUCUAAAACACAAUACUUACCGCUGUGAUAGUCACACGAUUGCGCAUGCAUUUGACAAGAGAAUGUAAAAAAGUGAUAAAAAAAUCCCCGAUCUAUCUUACUUCUCCUCCGUGCCAUCCACCCCCC